AUGGCGUCGUCUAUGAUGAACAACAGCAUCUCGAUUGCCGUAUCCGACGACGAAUUUGAAGAACCCGUGACUCGUGUGCGGUCUCGGGUCCGCCGUAAGCGCAGGAAGCCCUUCCUGAGGGGUAGGCCGGACCUGACCCGAAAAUUACUCAAGAAGCUCCUCAUGUGGUGGCCCGCUCUGCUGCUGCUCCUCGCCGUCGCCCUCCUAGUCUACGAGACUGUCAAAAUUGGUGGCCGCGAUGGGCGAAGUGGGUCGCAAGGUGAGAGCUCGGGAAAUGCAGGAAGCCGAAGUAGCGGCGGUAAGCCGCAUGGAAACUUGAAUAGGCUCGAUCCUACUACGCGGGUUGUUGGUGGCGUUAGAGAGAGGUGUUUGAAGCUCCUACCUCCUGAAGAACUUGAGCAUCUGGAAAUUCCAAAUGAUGAGGACUCCAGAAGCCCUGUAAAAGAUUUGGUGUAUGCCUUGGAGACUGAUAGAGCCAGUAAUGCAGGGAAGUUUAACCUAUCCGCCGUAUAUGUCGAAGGUGCUAGAUUCAAUUUAUUCACAGGAAACCAAACUCUUGAGCACAGAGAAAAAAGUUUUAAGGUGACUGAAAGAGCUGAAGUCCACUGUGGUUUCUACUGUGAAAGGGGAGGCUUUAGAAUUUCUGAUGAAGACAAACGUUACAUGGAGACUUGCAAAGUUGUGGUCUCGACUUGUGCCUUUGGUGGUGGGGAUGAUCUUUAUCAACCUAUAGGAAUGUCUGAGACAUCACUUUCAAAGGUUUGCUAUGUCGCGUUCUGGGAUGAAAUUACUCUUGCAACACAAGAAGCGGAUGGGAAUAAGGUUGAUGAUAGCCAUUUUAUUGGGCAAUGGCGUAUUAUAAUAGUUAGGGAUUUACCCUUCAGUGACCAAAGAUUGAAUGGGAAAAUACCAAAGAUGCUUCCCCAUCGUCUUUUUCCGAAUUCCAGAUAUUCCAUUUGGGUAGACUCCAAGUCUCAGUUUAGGAGGGACCCUCUGGGUGUACUGGAGGCCUUACUUUGGCGUUCUAAUCAUGAACUUGCAAUCUCAGAACACGGGGCCCGCAGUAGUGUGUACGACGAGGCCAAAGCUGUCGUAAAGAAAAAUAAGGCCACACCAGGGGAAGUUGAGGUUCAGUUGGCACAGUAUCGCCUGGAUGGCCUCCCAGAGGAUAGAAGGUUUAACGGGAAAAAAGCUCUAGCAGAGGCUUCUAUAAUCGUGAGGAAGCACACUCCAUUGACGAACUUGUUCAUGUGCCUUUGGUUUAAUGAAGUGGUCCGUUUCACUUCCCGCGAUCAACUAAGUUUUCCAUAUGUUCUUUGGCGGCUCAAAGGGUUAACACGCAUCAAUAUGUUUCCUGUCUGCACAAGAAAGGAUCUUGUGAAUAGUAUGGGUCAUAUACGCAAGGCAAAGCCUCUGACAAGUUAA